AUGUCGUACAGCAUCACUGCCAUCGCCAGCAAGUCGCUACCGGGAAAUAUACAGCAGCUUGUGGAGGAGGCUGUAAAGGGCUUGUCGGUGGAUAUUGUAAAGAGCACUGUUCUGUCUGCCGGCAAAGCUGUCGAUUUUUCAUUUGAAUGCGAUAAUUUUGACCAAGUAAAAAACAAGCUCAAGUUGGUGAAACUCCCAGACGUGGAUCUGGAAGUCCUCGAGAACGGCCCUGCUCGGAAGAACAAGAAGCUUGUUGUGUUUGAUAUGGAUUCGACUCUGAUCUACCAAGAGGUGAUUGAGCUUAUUGCAGCUCAGGCAGGAGUGGAAGACGAGGUUGCCAGAAUCACAAACUUGGCAAUGAAUGGAGAAAUCGACUUCAAAGAGUCGCUCAGAAGACGGGUGGCCUUGCUUAAGGGAAUACAUUCUGCAGAUCUCUGGGAAAAGCUCAAGCCGCAGCUGGAGAUCACCAAGGGAGCCCGCGAGCUUUGUGCUACCUUGAAGAAAAUCGGCUGCACAAUGGCAGUUUGUUCGGGCGGCUUUCUGCCUUUGGCUGAGUACAUAAAAGAGCAACUUCAUUUAGACUACGCUUUUGCAAACCAGCUCAAGACGGAGAUUGUGGACGGCAAAGAGGUCCUCAGUGGACAGCCAGAAGGCGAGAUCGUUGACGGUUAUAAAAAGAGAGCAGUCUUAGAAAUGCUAGCUGAAAAACAUCAAAUUGAUCUGGACUACACUGUUGCCGUCGGUGAUGGCGCCAACGACUUGCUGAUGAUGGCCAGGGCAGGUCUCGGUAUAGCUUGGAACGCGAAGCCAAAAGUGCAGCUAGAGGCAGACUGCCGGCUUAACACAGAUUCCCUGAGAGAUGUGCUAUACAUUCUCGGAUAUAGAGACGAGGAUAUAUAA